GUAGAGACCGAUCUGAUGAUUUGAAUGAAACUGAAUCUCGCGCUAUGUCAGACGUCGCUCCCAUUAGCUCUGCUAUAUUUGCCUCUAGGGAACUUCUUCCUGCUCUGGGAAAUACGACGCAAGCAGUUAACUUUAGCGACCCCCAAGGUGCUUUGAAAACCAUCAAUGAUUGGGUAGCAGAACACACUAAUGGAAGACUAAAGAGUUUAAUCGAUAGAGUUGAUGCAAACAUGAAAAUGAUCUUGUUAUCCACGUCAUUCUUCGAUGUAGAGUGGAAAUAUAAAUUCGAUCCGAAAUUCACGAAGAAGGCAAACUUCUAUACGAGCCUAACACAAUCCGUUCCCGUCGAUAUGAUGAACGUGCGCGGUAAAUUUUUCCGGAGAUAUAUCGAAAAUAUAGACGCCGACGUCUUAGAGCUGCCAUUUGCACUAAACAAUGUUCAAAUGCUAAUUCUAUUGCCAAGGAAAACUGAUGGCAUAGACAAGCUUGUUGAUGGUUUGACGACGCUCGAGCUGAGUGAUCUGAAGUUUAAAGGAAGCCCAAGAAAAGUAAUCGAUGUUAAGCUGCCCAAGUUCAAAAUUAACUCUAAAGCUGAUUUGAGGAAAUCGUUGCAAAGCCUGGGCGUUCACGAUUUGUUCACCAAUGCGAGCUUUCCAGGUGUAGCCAAUCAUGGGGUAAUGAAAGUAGAUGUUUUAGUACAAAACGUCGCAUUGGAAGUGUCGGAGCGUGGCGCCUUAUUCCCAAUUGUUACAUUACCAAAGCGGAAACCUCACAAGUUUGUAGCGGACCAUCCAUUUGUGUUUCUUAUCCGGCUAGACAACGAUUUCCUUUACGGAGGACGUGUCAACUUUGUCGAUAAUUAGGAAAUUGUCGAAGUAAAAUCGGGAGCACUUACUGAAGCCCACUGAAAUCUUUGUCUUUGCUCCCAGAACCUAUC